AUGUCGAGGCAAUUUGAAACGAGUCAAUUCGAUGACGCAUUGGAUGAGGAUGAAAAUGAAGAAGAGCCUGAUGAAGAAACUAAGAAGUUUUACAAGUUGAUCCAUGAUGCUCAUCAAGAAUUAUAUCCGGGAUGUAAAGAUUUUACAAAGUUAUCAACUAUUGUUCGUUUGAUCCACAUAAAGAACCUUCAUGGUUGGAGCAACGUGUCAUUUAAUAUGUUACUACAACUACUCAAUGAAUUACUUCCCGAAGGCUCGUGUUUACCAUCAACAUAUAAAGAGUGUAAGUAUAAAAUGAAAAAGGUCCAAAGUGCUAAAAGAAAAGUUUCUUGCAAGGUAACUUCUCGACCAAUUCCAGCAAAGAUUUUGAGGUAUUUUCCUUUGAAACCGGGGAUCAAGAAACUAUUCAUAUCUUCAAAAACCGCCGAUCUGAUGACGUGGCACAAUAAAGGUUGUAAAAAUAAUGGAAAACUAAGGCAUCCGACAGACUCACCAGCUUGGAAAACUUUCGAUUCGUUACAUUCAAAUUUUGCAUUGGAGCCUCGAAAUGUCAGGAUGGGUUUAGCAAGUGAUGGUUUUAACCCAUAUAAAACAAUGAGUAGUAGAUACAGUAUUCGGCCGGUGGUCCUGACGAUAUAUAACUUGCCUCCAUGGGAUUGCAUGAAACAACAUUUUAUGAUGUUGUCUUUGCUUAUUCCUGGUCCUUCUUCUCCUAAUAGAAAUAUUGAUAUAUAUUUACAACCUUUAAUCGAUGAGUUAAAAGAGUUAUGGGAGAAUGGCUUUGAGACAUAUGAUGCUUCUAGUGGAAAGUUAUUUCGUGUACAUGCUGCCUUACUUUGGACUAUAAGCAAUUUGCCUGUAAAAAAAACCUGUUACAUGGGACAUCGAAGAUUUUUAGCAUCAAAGCAUUGGUGGCGAAAGGACAAGAAGAGUUUCGACGAUACAAAAGAGCUAAGAACAGCACCUGUACCACUAUUAGGGCCUGAUAUAUUAGAAAAAAUAGGCAAUAGGGAGAAUUUGUUUGGAAAGACUAUAAAGAGGAGAAGAAAUGAUGAUGAUCCCUGGACUAAGAAAAGCAUCUUUUUCGAGUUACCAUAUUGGAGUACUAAUUUGCUUCAUCACAACUUGGAUGUAAUGCACAUUGAAAAGAAUAUUUGUGAAAAUAUUGUUGGAACAUUAUUGAAUUUAGAAGGAAAAUCAAAAGAUCAUCUCAAAGCAAGGCUUGACUUGCUUCCUGAAGGGUAUGGCUCCAAUAUUUCUAGGUGUGUUCAACUGGAACAUCACAAACUUCUUGCUCUUAAGAGUCACGACUACCAUAUAUUGAUGCAAGACUUGCUUAAAAUAGCAAUUCGAAGAGCCUUACCAAAAGAAGUUGUGAGAGUUCUACUCAAGUUCAGUUCAUACUUCAAGACUUUAUGCUCUAAAGUUAUUAGAGUUGAUGUGUUUGAACAAUUAGAUGUCGAAAUUGCACAAAUUCUUUGUGAAUUAGAAAGAAUAUUUCCACCAUCAUUUUUUGUGCUAAUGAUCCAUUUGUCUAUGCAUCUAGCAUAUGAAGCAAGACUUGGUGGACUUGUCCAAUACCGUUGGAUGUACCCAAUUGAGAGGUUCCUACUCAAAUUGAAGAAUUAUGUCCGUAAUAAAAGUCGUCCUGAGGGAUCUAUUGUAGAAAGGUAUUUAGCAGACGAAUGUUUGACAUUUUGUUCAAGAUACUUGAAUGACAAUGUCCGAACAAAAUUCAAUAACCUAACAAAGAAUCUUGACGGUCCAAUAGGGAAUGGGGUGAUGAUAAGUCUGGAUCCUGUUAUGUGGGAGCAAUCUCAUCAUUAUGUAUUGUUCAAAUAUAAUAUCACCGCUCCAUAUAUCAAACAACAUGAGGAGAUUGUUUUUAGUGAUGCUCAUACUAGCCUUGGAGAUAAAUGGGACAAGACAAAAGACCAUUGUCUUACUUUUACUGAAUGGUUUGAAGAUUUUACUCGGAAUUCAUCUGUUAGUAAAAAGUUGAAGUGGUUGUCUAGAGGGCCAAAUGUUGCUGCAAGAAUAUUUUCUGCUUAUGUGAUAAAUGGUUAUAAGUUUGUGACUGAAGAUUGUGAGAGAAAAACACAAAAUACUGGAGUUAUGGUUAUUUCAUCCACUGUCAAGUUUAGAAAUGAGAAAGAUGAGGAUCCAGAAGUAGAAAAUGUCACUUAUUAUGGAGUUAUAAAAGAUAUACUUGAGUUAGAUUAUCAUGGGCAUUCUAAAUAUGUGCUAUUUAAGUGCGAUUGGUUUCAAAGUAAAAAAGACAACUUUGGGUUAACACUGGUAAACUUUAGAAAGCCAAUUUAUGAAAAUGAUCCAUUCGUGUUUGCAACUCAAGUGAGACAAGUUUAUUACACAGAAGAUCCAAGUGAUACUUGGCAUGUUGUUACCAACACCAUUCCAAGGAAUAUGUUUGAUAUAUACGGCGACUUAGAUAAUGAUGACAAGGAAAAGUUUAAGGAUGGUCCUCAAAUAACAAGUUCUAUGUUUUAUCAAUCUACAAGUGUUGAAGAUGAUGUUAAUUGGAUUAGGGAUGAUAUACCUGGGACAACAAUUGAUACAUGCAUCUUAGAUAAUCAACCAAUGAGAGAAGAGUCUCAAGAUAAUCUUGAUUUUAGUCAUAGAGAUAUGUCAACUCUAUGA